AUGUCAGACACAACCAAUCACACAUCAAUCGUACAUCCAAGCGAUGAUAAAAUAAUAAAAAAUCAAAAGAAGUCUAAUAGAUAUUUCUCGAUUAUCUAUGAAUUUAGUUCAAAUACAACAGCACAUGGAAUACCACGUAUUUCUGAAAGUGUAAGUAAAUAUAAUCGUCUAUAUUGGUUAUUUGCAACACUCUGUUUUAUUGGUCUUAUGACAUAUUUUAUUAUUAAAGCAAUAAUUGAUUAUCUGAAUUAUCCAACACAAAUAGAUAUAAGUAUUGAUGCAGAAUUUCCACAACAUUUUCCAGCAUUUACUAUUUGUAAUGCUGGAGGAUUACGUUUCGAUAAAUUUAUACAACCAUUUUUAAAUUAUACAAAUACAUUAAAUAUAACGAAUACAAACGAUACAUCAACAAUUUUUCCAGAACAAAUACCUUAUCUUUUCAAUUUUGUAAAUGAUUUACUUAAUAAUAAUGGAUCAUUGGAACCAUUUUUCUUUCCACUCCCUUCGAUGUUAUAUUCAUGUACUUAUAAUUCUGUAACAUGUACGGCAACAGAUUUUGUUCCAUUUAUAGCAGCACCCUAUGGUUUUUGUUAUACAUUUAAUGCAAAAUUAAAAAAUGAAACUUCUGAGAAUAUACGAAAUGUAUCUGAUAAUGGAGGUACAGGAACACUUGAAUUAGCUUUUUAUGUACACAGUCAUCAAUAUAUUCCUUAUCUUACAGAUAGUGUUGGUAUUGUAACACUUAUACAUGACAAUACUGAAGUGCCAGUUAUAGAUACAACAGGUUUAAAUUUAAUUCCUAGACAAAAACAUAAACUUAGUUAUAAAAAGAAAAAAACUUCUUUUUUACAAUCACCAUAUACAUCAUGUAAUGAUAAAAUUGAUCUUUGGAUGCAAGCUAUGUAUGAAAAUUAUCCGAAUUUGGAUUAUCAAUAUUCACAAACUCUUUGUACUAAACUUAGUGUACAGAUUUACACUUAUGAAAAAUGUGGAUGUGUUAAUCCUUACAUUUGGGAUAUGCGUUCGAUUAUUUUACCACAUACAAAGAAAACCAUUUUUGCACCUUUUUGCAAUACAACUGAUCCAUGUUUCAAUAAAGCUGUUGAAUUAUAUAUAAAUUCAUUAGCUGAUUUAAACAAUGAUGAUCUAAAUUGUCCAGCAGAAUGUUCAAUAGUAGAUUUUAUAACAAAAAAAUCUUCAUUACUAACACCAAUGCCAUGGCAAUUGUAUGGAAUUAAAACAUUUGUUGAAAAUUCAUUAAUACCAUUACCUUCAGAUUGGUCAACUACAUGGUCAGAAUAUAUUUACACAAAUUAUGUUGCAGUCAGUGUUGUACAAGGAACAUAUUUUGUUGAAAGUAAUAUACAACAAGCAUCAAUCAAUCUCAUUGAUGUUCUUUCAAAUAUUGGAGGACAAACUGGACUAUGGCUUGGUAUUAGUCUUUUAUCAAUUAUGGAACUCUUCGAAAUGUUCUAUCGACUUAUUCGAUUAGCAAUACGAAAAAAGAAACAACGAAUAACAUCAUAA